AAUCAGGGUCAAGGAGUGUUGUACGAACAUUCGAUUUAAUCUCCAAAUUCUCAUGUGGAAGGUUGCUCAGCUCUACUGACAGAGGACAAGGAGGUGAUCAGAGAUUGAGACACACAGGAGAGCUGGGGACUGAAGCGAGACUCCUUCCACUGCGCUUGGGAUAGACCCUGGGGUGUCCACACUGGGCGGGGGAGGACCCUGGAAAGGAGCAGUCCGCGAGCAGGAACCCAGGACAACUCAGCGACCAGAGAAGGUGCUCGCGUCACCGAGGGAGGCCGUGGGUUUGGUGACUUAGUCUCCCCUCCGGGCGGGACCGAGCAAGUCAGCAGCAGCCGCUGCGCUACUUCUGCGAAUGUGGGCGGGGCAAGGCCUGCAAGGUGGGGGAGGAGCCACCUGGGUCCCGCCCCAACCAUUGUGCCGCGGGAGCCGGUGGGCGAGCGGCCCGUCGCGAGCCAAUCAGGACGUAGCACGCAAAUGAGCAGGCCCGCGGACGCCCGGAGCUGCGUGGCAGUCCUGCAAUCAACGCGCAGACCGCGGAGCCCAGCGGCGCGGAUUUGGUGAGAGGGUCGGCCGGGGCCAGGGCGGACGCCGGGGCGCAGGGGCCGGGAGGAUGGAGGUCCGGACGCACCAGGCCCAGAGAUGGUUGGAGACAGGAUGCGGAAGCCCUCGGGGACCCCACCCGCUACGAAUCUGGACGUGGACGGUGUGCAGACGCCCAGGGUGCUCCAAGCAGAGGACCAGCUGGACGCUUGAAGGGCGUGGGGUACGGGGAGCCAGGGACCAGGGACAACAGCACCCCGGGGCCGCUGACACAGUGGCCAAUGGACGGACGGAGACUCAGACCCAUGGAGGCCUGGGGGACCCUCAUGCCAUCUCCCCGCCCCGCGCAGAAAGGAAUCCGUGGACGCACCGCGGAACGGACGAGAGAAAAGGCGGGCAGCGGGCCAGGCCACUCGCACCAUGACCAGCUACCGUUACCACUCGGGAUAUUUGGCCGACGAUGAGGCCGGCCACAGCACCUACGCCGCCCGGCCACCAAAGAAGCCACUGCUCCCUGAAAUGGGGAAAGCCUCCAAGCUGGGCCCCAUGCCACAGCCACCAUCGAUGCAUAGCCUCUGGGGCAGUUCAGGGCUCCACAGCCACCGCCAGAACCUCAGGGGCCCUCGACCCUUCCGGAGCUUCCUGGAUUUCCUCGUUGAGGGUCAGGUCCUGGACAGCCUGCAGACAGUGGUGGAAAAGGCAACUGAGCUCAUGGCCACCAUGAAGACAGAGGCCGGGGUGCCGCUGGUGGAGGUGCAGGACCCAGUGGAGGUGCCGAGGGGUGGACAGCGGGCGCACGCUCGGCCCAGCCUCAGUACCGUGCACCGGCACCGUACCCGGCCCAGCCUCUGCAUGGGGAGCCCCAACAACUACCCAUCCUGCUCUAGCUCCACAUCCAACUCCCACAGUAGCUUCACCAUCGGCUGGCCAGGCUCCUAUCGCCGGAACAGUGACAUGGGCCCCCGCGGCUGGGGUCCACUGCCGCCCAUGAAGGACCAACUCCUGCUGGAGAAGAACCUCAGACGGCUGAUGCAGCUGGAGAACCAAGGGAAAGGCCUGGGGCAGCCCUGCUCCCACAGGGACUCCCUGCUGUGGAACUCGCUGGGCAGCCAGGCCAGCAGCCAGUGGACCCCAGAGCAGCCACUGUCCUGGGUCUCAGGUCUGCUGGGCUCCAGCUCAGACACACCCAAAGCGUCAGAGCUGGGCCCUGGAGAGCGGGAGCUGCUCUUCCUCAAGCGGGAGCUGCACAAGGAGAUCAAGUCCUUGCUGAGCCAGCCAGCAUCCUUUAACCUGCCUGGAUACCAUGUAGGUCGCGAGCCCCAUCGGACCCUGGACUUCCUGGCCAAGCAUCACCUCUUCCCUGCCCUGCAGAACGUGGUCAAGCAGGCGGUGGACAAGCUCAGCAGCGCCUGCCUCCGUGAUGGCUAUCCUCUCUUCCCGUCAGAAUGGGAGCCUGCCACGGAGUCCACCUCCAAGGUGGCCACACCCACCAACAGGGAGGAGCCCUAUGAUUCGCUGACCACCACGGCCUCCAGCCCCAAGAUAAGCCACAGGAAGAGCUUCAAGUGCAAGAGUCACAGCGGCAAGCCCAAGGAAGUUGGUUCCCUUGUGUCUAGUACUCAAAUGGCCACCAGAUUCAGGCUAAAGAGCCCCAGUUACAAGCUCACCGAGAAGAAGCUGCUGCCCUCCAUCUUGUCCGAGUCCUCAGGGUCCCACCUCUCCAACCCCUGGCAGGAGGAGCUGGUCAGCUACCUGAGGGAUCAGGCUGUCUCCUUGCUCAUCUACAAGUACAAGUUUGAGAAGAACCUCACCAGGCAGCUGGGCUUCAUCUCCUUCCCCGUCACGGAGGCACUUAUGGACCUCUUCCUGGGCUUCAAGAAGGUGAAGGGCUCACGCAUCCACCUGUCCUCCAAGGUCGACUGGAGCUGCCUGCUGCGCAGGCUGGAGGAGGCCGAGUGCAGCCAGCAGGCGUCACGGCAGGUGUCUCGGCACACCUCCCCGCAGCACAGCACCCACUGGCACCGCGCGAGGACCCCCUCCACGCUGCCCAAGCCGGCCACCAAGACCACCAGGAUCCCAGAGAAGGCCAGGGAGCCCCACCCCGACAGACAGUCUCCCAGCCCCAGGCUGCUCACCCCCCAGGAGAGCAUGGCAGCUGGGAAGAAGGAGCCUGCAAGGCCGCCAGAGCCCAAGCUGUCCACGUUCUCCAACACUAGCGUGGCCUCCAGUCAGUCCUGGCAAACGGUGGACGUGGGGGACAACCAGAGCCUUGAGGAGGAGGAGGACGAGUACAAAGUGGAGGAUGAGGAGGAGGAUGAGAAAAGGGACGAGGAAGAGGACUACUUCUUUGGAGGUGAGGGUGAGCCCCACAGCUCCCCAGAACCUCAAGUGGAGGUUAAGGUCCGCCCCUGGGCAGAUGCAGAUGUAGGCCACGGUGACCCCCCGUGAGGCCCCUGGGCCGUGCCAAGCGCUCCAUGCCCUGCUCCUCCCGCCCCAUCGGGACACCGCCUUCCCAGCCGGCCCGCCCAGAGCAGAGGUCAGAAGGGCUGGCACCCAUGAGGGGUUCUGCUGAGCCUCUCAGGGGAGCCAGUGGGAGAAAUAAAGCUCGUGUUGAUGGAGCACA